ACAUGUUAUAUAUUUAUCAUAUCACAUAUACAAACAGGUUGUAUUUAGUACUGGUCAUGCGUUAUCAGCCUAUACUGUUUUAUGGUGCAUGCAUUCUUGUUACGACAAAGGUUUGGUCACAAUUGAAAAAGCACUGGAUUGUAAUCCAUACAAUCCAGGAUUUAAUUUAUUAAAAACUGUAGUUUUACGAUUGUCUGGUCGUUUCGAAGAAGCAAAUAUAUGGUUAGAGAGUCUCAAUAAAAAUUUUUUUAAACUAGUAAAACCGACAAGAGACAAAGAAAAAUCGAUCAUGGGAAAGCUUUCGAUUAGAGAAACAAGAAAUCAUUUGAUCAAACAAUGGUAUCUAAUACGAUAUGAUAUGGCGAUGCAAUGUCUGUUAGAGAACAAAAUCAAUAUGGCAAUACAAAUUGUAUUGAAAAGUAACUUAGUUAAACAAUAUCCAGAAUCAUAUCUAUUAUUAGGCGACUGUUUUGUCAAACGUAAUGAAAUUAAUUUGGCACUAAAAUCAUAUCUCAAAUGUCGAAAAAAGAUGCGCAAACUGAAUUUACCAUUUUGUCAAAAGACUAUCGAUUUAGCGGAACGAAUAAUCGAUAUCCUGAACGAUAAAGCAGAAGUGGCGAUAAACAAUAGAGAUUCGAAACGAGCCAUUAAUUUAGCUGAACAAAUACUUCAAAUAUUUGAUGAAGAUAAAAUACCAUUAGAAGAAUUACGUUUACAACGUAGUCGUGCCCUUAUCCAUAAAGCUCGUGGUCUAUUUCAAAUAGAAAAUAAUAAAGUGAUUCGGAAAAAACAAAGUUGCGAGAUUGCGGCUGAUAGUUUGAGGUUUGCUCGCGAACUAAAUCCGGAUCUGUAUCAAGUUUUAUAUAACGAUAGAAAUAUGGAAGGAGUUAUCGAUCGAUUUGCGCCACAACGAAAAUUACCUCGAUCUUUAAAAAUCCUUAUGCAAUUUUCUUAAUAAAUUUUCGUACAAAUUUCGAUAUAUUUUUUAUAUAAAUUUAAAAGAAAAAAAAGAAUUUUAUAAUAUUACAAUUAUUUAUAAUUUUCGAGGCUAAAAGAUCACGUAAAUAAGAUCAUUUAAAUUUGAUCACGUAAAUUGUAUCGAUUGAAGCAAUGUUAAAAAUACACAUCUGAUGCAAUAUUUGCAAAAUGUUACUCGAACAAGAAAAUGCCUGUAUCUCUUUUUAUCACUUAUCCUUAUUUUUAGUAAACACAUAUUUUAAGAAAA